CUCAUAUCUGACAGUACUUUAACAGCUGCCUCUCCCAGCCAUCUGACAAUUUUCUCCACACAAGGCUACACCGCAGCUUCCUCCAUAGCGCAGUCAACUUCCAUCUACUUUUUAAUUGACGACAACUCGAGUCGAAUAACUCAUCAAGAUGGUCAUCCUCGGUGGCCUCGAAAUUGUUGCCGCCGGCUACCUCAUCCACAAACACCAGCAGAACAAGAAAGACAGGGCGCGAGUCGAAGAGGAAGAAGCUAUUCUCGAGGAAGAGGAAUAUCGAAGGCGCCACCCCCGCCAUGGUCAUGGUUCACAAAGUCGGAGAAGGCAUUCUCGGGAACGGAGGCAUUCUUACGAUGGCAAACACGAAUACAAGCACGAGAGUCCAAGACCGAGACCAGCGAGGCCAGCAAUGAGGCCACAGGCGCCACAGCAGGCUCCUCCACCUUUGAUGGCACAGCAGUCAAUGCGACCUCCUCCCCCUCCUGCGACGGCACAACCGGCGAUGCAAGCUCCUCCACCUUACAACGCUGUCCCAACAGCGAGCCCGCAACAGCCACAAGAUAUAAAAUAUGGCUGGACGGACGAGCCUGCCCUUCAACAACAGCAACCGCCGCCGCAGGAUCCGAACUUCCCUCCCACAGGCUGGCCCAGUCACUGGCAGCAGUCACAGGCACCUGAUCCUGGCGCGCGUUUACAAACACCAUAUCAACGCGGUGAAUCAUCACGAGGCCGUGGCGACGGAAGAGCGGUAUCAGCUAGUCCUCGUGUGAGGUUUGCGACUCCUAGGAGAGAGCGCUCGCCAAGUUUGUCUCCUCCACCGUCAUACCGAGCAUAAUAGAAAUACCGUUGGAGCAUCUGAGGAAGGCAUAGUCGCUGGCGCCUCUGCGCCAAAGAUGUAGGAUUGAAUGAUUUUUGUGUACUUUGGCUGUUGAUUGAGCGGGAGUUACAGUAAAAGGAUACAGGCAUUGGGACGGCGAUUUAGAUACCACGGCAUUCGUUUCCUCGUUCUUCGGUGCUGAAGUAAAAUUGAAGGUCUUUCAAAGCAACUCUCUACCUCCGAAACAACAGCGUCAUCGUUCUGUUCACAUGCUAUUAUGACUCUGCAGUCGGUGAAUCACAUUGUGGUGCCGCCAUGACGACGAAAAAACAUCUCGCUCAUCCGAUCUUUAAAUGCGAAUCUUUUCCUUCCUUCCUUCCGAG